AUGUCUUCGUAUAAGAAGGUUGUGCUUGUCGGAGCAAGCGGAAGCGUCGGCCAGUCCAUUUUGAACGGACUGCUCAGCUCUCCAACUGACUUCGAAGUCACGGCUCUUGUCCACGCAGGGUCUACUUCCAAAAUCGCACAAGAAGGCCAUGCCGCACUCAAGGUCGUCCGAGGCGACUUUGGAGACGACCCAUUCCUCAAGAGCUCACUGGAAGGACAAGAUGCACUCGUAGUUUGUUUGGAUGUAAACCCAGCGACCCUUGAGCUACAGAAUAGAUUGGUGGAUGUUGCUGCUGUCGUCGGGGUUAAACAAGUGAUUCCUCGUGAAUUUGGCAGUGACGUUACCAAUCCCAAGAUUCUAGAAGCUUGCUCCCUUUACCAAGGGAAAGUGGAUGCGGUAAAGUAUAUCGAGAGCGUCGUCUCCAAGAACCCUGCUACCAGCUGGACCGCUGUUAUUAAUGGCCCCUUCUUUGAUUGGGGAAUGGAACGGAAUCUUUUCGGAUUCGAACCCGAAAAGCGCACUGCAAAAUUGUACGACAAUGGCGCUGUCAAAUUCGAUUCUAUAUAUAUCCCUUCGUUAGGGGCGAUCGUCAGCGGUAUUCUCAGCAGACCAGACGAGUUCCAGAACAGAUAUGUUUACGUUUCUGAAUUCGCUCUCAGCCAGAACGACAUCUUUGAAGCAUUGCUCAAAACAACAAAGACUACUCGGGAAGACUGGGCGAUUACGCAUCGCACAACAGACGAUUUGAGAAAGGAAGGGCUUGAGAAGAUUUGA